AUUAUUACAAGGCUUGAUAUUUUUAGUGUUAUCUAAGAAUUACUUGUACUAUAUUAUGCGGUAAUCACGUCAUCUAAUUACUUACUUAUAUUCAAGGUAUAAAAAUAAAAUUGACCAUUUGUUCUAAUAACUUUGCUGUCAACACAUUGACGGCAUUUGUUUUUUUUCUUGGUAUUUAAUCUUAAAAACGAAGACAAAGAAUCGUCAUACAAGUGUUUGUGUUAAUAUGGGAGAGCCUACUGAUACUACAGUAGUUCUAAGCACAUUGCUCGAGACGGAUCACUACGAGGGCCUGAUCAAGGAGCUGACGUGUACCAAAUGUAACACGUACAUGAGGCCGCCCAUCCACCUCUGUGUGGAUGGACACAGUCUCUGCGGCCGCUGCUAUGAGAAGAGCUUCCAAUGUCAUGUUUGUAAGAAAGAAUUCUCUCAAACCAGGUCGACAGCCCUUGAGUCGUUGGCGUGCAAAGUUCUGUUUCCAUGCACAAACGCUGGUUGUCCCAAACAUGCUGUUCUCUCGCAACUGGACAAGCAUUACGCCCACUGUCAGUUCCGCAUCAUCGACUGCUUCAUGGCUCGAGUAUAUGGGGACUGCAAAUGGAAAGGGCGUGCUGGUGACUGGAUGGACCAUUGUUUCAUGGAACACAGUGAGAAGGUCACGGAGCUCCCAUUCAUCACGGUGAAAAACCGAUGGGACGCGAAGAGAACAGAACCGGUGCUCAACUACUUUCUGCUGAAGUGCUACGAGCGGAUAUUCAACGUGUACCAGAUUUAUGAUAAGAGAGGAGGAAGAAUGAUGUGGACUGUGCUUGUGAAUGACGACCACGCAGAGAAGUUUUAUUUUGAAGUCGACAUUUUCUUACCAAACUUACCGAGCAAAAGGAUUGUUUACAGACGACCUUGCAAGUGUGAGAAGGAUGCAGACUUCCUUGAGCACACCCAGAACGUAUACAUUCCUGUAGAAAAUGUGUUUUCUAUGCUAGACGAGGAUGAGUCCGUCAACUUUAUCGUCAGAAUUGGUGAAGUCGAAAACCUUCCAAUAUUCGACACCCCUACGCCAAGCGAGAGCAUCAUACUUCUACACAACGAACACGGCAAGGACGAAUAAAAUCAAGAUUUACAACUUUGCAUCUUAGUACAUUUAUUUAUGUAUUAAAUUCGAACAAACGUGUGCUUUGUAACUGAGUAUUUCCAAUAAAGGUAUAGCAGGCGAAUUUUGAUUCUAAAUGCUUUUAAUUUAAAGUUAUUUAUCCCUUUUCAUUCAUUUGAUGCCUUGUUAUUGCCUGGUGGUAAACGAGCAAGUAAACUAACUACAUUUUUCUCAAAUUAUUU